CGGUCCCAUUGGACCUGGAGGACCGGGUGGUCCCGGUGGUCCAUGAAUCAUCAGCGGUGCGUUAGGCAUGGCUGAUCCAACCUGUAUUUGACCAUGAAUAGGUCCACCACGAUCACCUUUGGGGCCCGGAUAUCCGGGUGGUCCAACAGGACCUCGAUCACCACGUUCACCUUUGACUCCAGGGCUUCCAUACAUGAGGUGGACUGGCAGUGGUCCUACGACGAUAAUACCGUCCUGGUGGUCCAUACGAUUCUUGUUGUAAAGUACUGUGUUAGCAGAUGCUCUUACCGGCGGUCCAGGUGGUCCACGUUCUCCUCGAGGGCCUGCAAAAAGGGACGUUUUGUUGGCGUCAAAAUGUAUUUCAUACUAGAAACUGCUGUUUGUUUAUGA